CCCCCUUGUGGCUGUUUGUGCUUCCCACAGCGCUCUUCUGCCCCUGGCACCGUAUGUCCAGCUUCGCCGACUUCCCGUUGCCGUCGCAGGGCCCCUCCCAGACGGUGAUCAAGUACGAAUCGGGGGAGGAGUGUCUGCUUUGGGACGACGGCCCCACGGUGGAUUAUUACCCGCUGAGGUAUGACGAAGACGAUGACGGCGGCAAUGACGAUUACGAUUACGAUUACGAUGAGGACGCGUUCAGCGGAUUCCAGUUCCUGGACGUUCCCGUCGCGGAGGAGCCCAUUCCCUACAGCUACUGCGGCUUCCGAAAGUCCUUCCUGUGCUCGGAGCUGCCUCCACAGCCCCCCCGGACCUCUCCCACCCUCCUGGAUGCACGGCUGGACCGGCUGCCCAUGCCCCGCCUCACCUGGCUCACGGCAGAGGAAGCCGAGAGGAACGCACAGGAGCUGGUGGCAGAAGAGGAGCGGGCAAAGAGGAAGGCAGAGAAGAAGAAGCUGAAGAAGAAGAAACAAAAAGACCGAAAGAAACAGGAGAAACUGGGUCAAGAGCAGAAGAACAAAGAGAACACUGACCCAAGCCCCCCAAGUGGCCCUGCAGGCACUGGACCUCUCUCAGAUGAUGCUGAGGAUGAGGGAUGCUGCCCAGACCCCUCCUCGUGCUCUGGGGACUCCACAGUCCUCUCAGGGGAGCCUGAGCCAGAGGACACAGCGGUGGCAGAGGAGGAGCUGGACCUGAGCUGCACUUUUGUCUGCAAAGCACGGGAGAAGGCGGGGGUCCGGCUGCCCCCCCCGGGCAGUGACCAGUCCCCUGGGACACAGAACACAGAGACAAGCAGGAAAGUGCCAAAGAAGGAGAGAGGGGACCCUGUGAAGAGUCCUGUGCCCUCCCAGCCUCUCCAGCCCAGGCCUCCCAGUCCCAGCACAUUAGAGCAGAGCCUGGCACUUGCAGGCCAUGGCAUCGAGGCAGCCCAGAUGGGCCAACACAAUGAGGCCGUUUGGGCUUUCACCGCCGCCCUGGAGCUGAACCCCCGGGAGUACCGGCUCCUGGGGAACCGCUCCUACUGCCUGGAGAAGCUGGGCCGGUACGAGGAGGCGCUGGCGGAUGCGGAGGCGGCGCUGGCGCUGCGGCCGGGCUGGCCCAAGGGCUCCUUCCGCAAGGGCAAGGCCCUGCAGGGGCUUCAGCGCUACGCCGAGGCUGCACGCACCUUCGAAGAGCUGCUGCUGCAGGAUGGGUCCUAUGCUGAGGCAGCAACGCAGCUGGAGGCCUGCAGGGCCCAGCUGCAGCAGUGCAGCCGCCCCGCGGGCAUCCCCGUGUCCUCCUUCCUGCUCAAGGCUAAGGAGCCGCUGUUUCUCCCUGCAGGAUGGACGACCAGGAGCUGCCAGGACACAGGUGACUCAAGUGUGACAAGAGGCAGCGCCGGGACCCCCCCAAGAAACGUGAAACAGGAACCUGCAGUGGCCAGUGGCCACCCAACACUGCCACCAAGCCACCCUGCCAGGGACUGCUUCCCACUCUGGGUGGGCAAUAUCACCUCCCACAUCAAUGAGAAGGUGUUGCGUCGUGCCUUUGGCCGGUUCGGGGAGAUCCGCUCUGUGCGACUGCUCCCAGGGCGCCACUGUGCCUUCAUCAACUUCUGUGGGAAGGCCGAGGCCGAGGAGGCCUUCAGGGCCAUGCAGGGUGCCACCGUGGAGGGCAGCAGGCUGUUGCUGCAGCUCAAGCACCCGGCCCACGCCACCCCGGCCCCUGUGCCCCGUGCCAAGGGCAGGGCCACCCCCGGGGGGCUGCUGAGUUAACCCUGCUCUGUUGGGGGGGCUGCCAGGGCCCCCCCUUCGCCUGCCUGUACCUUCCUGUGCAUUGUCCCCCGGUG